UGCAGGAGGGAUUUUUUAAAGGGGCUGGACGUGUGAAAUGGCUGCGAAGGUGUUUGAAAGCCUUGGGAAGCUUGGCCUGGGCUUGGCUGUCGCAGGUGGAGUUGUCAAUUCCGCUCUCUACAAUGUUGAUGCAGGCCACAGAGCUGUGAUCUUUGACCGGUUCCGGGGGGUCCAGGACACGGUGGUAGGAGAAGGAACCCACUUCCUCAUCCCCUGGGUGCAGAAACCCAUCAUCUUCGACUGCCGCUCUCGCCCCCGAAACAUUCCCGUCAUCACUGGCAGCAAAGACCUGCAGAACGUGAACAUCACGCUGCGUAUCCUCUUCAGACCAGUGACUGCCCAGUUACCACGGAUCUUCACCAGUAUUGGGGAGGACUAUGACGAGCGUGUCCUGCCCUCCAUCACAACAGAAAUCCUCAAGUCUGUAGUGGCUCGUUUUGAUGCUGGUGAGUUGAUCACUCAGAGAGAACUGGUCUCGAGGCAAGUGAGUGAAGACCUCACAGAGAGAGCAGCAACCUUUGGGCUCAUUCUGGAUGAUGUGUCCUUGACCCAUCUGACCUUUGGCAAGGAGUUCACAGAGGCGGUGGAAAUGAAGCAAGUGGCCCAGCAAGAAGCAGAGAGAGCCAGAUUCAUUGUGGAAAAGGCUGAGCAGCAGAAGAAGGCAGCUGUCAUCUCUGCUGAAGGAGACUCCAAAGCUGCAGAGCUGAUUGCCAACUCGCUGGCCACGGCGGGCGACGGGCUGAUCGAGCUGCGGAAGCUGGAGGCCGCCGAGGACAUCGCCUACCAGCUCUCCCGCUCCCGCAACAUCACCUACCUGCCCUCCGGACAGUCUGUGCUCCUCCAGCUCCCCCAGUGACCCUGGCUCUGAGGCCGUAGCCAGCCCCAUCACCUCCACCUAUCAGAUCAGCCCUUUCCAAAAGAAUCCGUGCGAUUUCCUCGUUAGUAAAAGGAGAGGAAAUUUGAAAAUUCGAC